CCGUGAGGGAAGGAGGCGGGGGCGGCGGGUAAGCCGCGGGCCAGGCCGGCCGGGGGAUGUCGAUGCCUGACGCGAUGCCGCUGCCCGGGGUCGGGGAGGAGCUGAAGCAGGCCAAGGAGAUCGAGGACGCGGAGAAGUACUCCUUCCUGGCCACCGUCACCAAGGCGCCCAAGAAGCAAAUCCAGUUUGCUGAUGACAUGCAGGAGUUCACCAAAUUCCCCACCAAGACUGGCCGGAGAUCUUUGUCUCGCUCCAUUUCCCAGUCCUCCACUGAUAGCUACAGUUCAGCUGCAUCCUACACAGAUAGCUCUGAUGACGAGGUUUCCCCACGAGAGAAGCAGCAAACCAACUCCAAGGGCAGCAGCAAUUUUUGUGUGAAGAACAUCAAGCAGGCAGAAUUUGGACGCCGGGAGAUUGAAAUUGCAGAGCAAGACAUGUCUGCUCUGAUUUCACUCAGGAAACGUGCUCAAGGGGAGAAGCCCUUGGCUGGUGCUAAAAUAGUGGGCUGUACACACAUCACAGCCCAGACAGCGGUGUUGAUUGAGACACUCUGUGCCCUGGGGGCUCAGUGCCGCUGGUCUGCUUGCAACAUCUACUCCACCCAGAAUGAAGUGGCUGCAGCACUGGCUGAGGCUGGAGUUGCCGUGUUUGCUUGGAAGGGAGAGUCAGAAGAUGACUUCUGGUGGUGUAUUGACCGCUGCGUCAACAUGGAUGGGUGGCAGGCCAACAUGAUCCUGGAUGAUGGGGGAGACUUAACCCACUGGGUUUAUAAGAAGUAUCCAAACGUGUUUAAGAAGAUCCGAGGCAUUGUGGAAGAGAGCGUGACUGGUGUUCACAGGUUAUAUCAGCUCUCCAAAGCUGGGAAGCUCUGUGUUCCAGCCAUGAAUGUGAAUGAUUCCGUUACCAAACAGAAGUUUGAUAACUUGUACUGCUGCCGAGAAUCCAUUUUGGAUGGCCUCAAGAGGACUACAGAUGUGAUGUUUGGUGGGAAACAAGUGGUGGUGUGUGGCUAUGGUGAGGUGGGAAAGGGCUGCUGUGCUGCUCUCAAGGCCCUUGGAGCAAUUGUCUACAUCACAGAAAUCGACCCCAUCUGUGCUCUCCAGGCCUGCAUGGAUGGGUUCAGGGUGGUAAAGCUAAAUGAAGUCAUCCGGCAAGUCGAUGUCGUAAUAACUUGCACAGGAAAUAAGAAUGUAGUGACACGGGAGCACUUGGACCGCAUGAAAAACAGUUGUAUCGUAUGCAAUAUGGGCCACUCCAACACAGAAAUUGAUGUGACCAGCCUCCGAACCCCUGAGCUGACAUGGGAACGAGUACGGUCUCAGGUCGACCAUGUCAUCUGGCCAGAUGGCAAACGCGUUGUUCUCCUGGCAGAGGGUCGUCUACUCAACCUGAGCUGCUCCACAGUCCCCACCUUUGUUCUGUCCAUCACGGCUACGACACAGGCAUUGGCACUGAUAGAACUCUACAAUGCACCCGAGGGGCGAUACAAACAAGAUGUGUACUUGCUCCCUAAGAAAAUGGAUGAGUAUGUUGCCAGUUUGCACCUGCCGUCAUUUGAUGCCCACCUGACAGAGCUGACAGAUGACCAAGCAAAAUAUCUGGGACUCAACAAAAAUGGGCCAUUCAAACCCAAUUAUUACAGAUACUAAUGGACCAUAUUACCAAGGACCAGUCCCCAUGAACCACACAAGUCUAAAAGAAAUAUUUUUUAAGAUAAUUUUUAUUUUCUUCUUACUCCUUUCCUCUUGAUUUUUUUUCCCCCUGUGAUUUCAUUCUUGUUUUUUCAUCUCAUUAUCCAAGUUCUGCAGACCACACAGGAACUUGCUUCAUGGCUCUUUAGAUGAAACUGAGGUUCAAGAUACCUCACCCUAAUCACUAAAGAAGGAUCUUACUCUCCCAGCCCAGAAAGGUGAUUCCUUCUUUACCGUAUCUGGGGACUUCAGUCUUAAUUGGGUACCUUAUUAACAGGAAAUGCUAAGGUACCUUCUGUGUGGAACAAUCUGCAAUGUCUAAAUUGCCUUAAAAGAGCCCAUUUCUCAGCUGCUGAAAUCAGUGCUCUUUCACUUCUCCAGAGGAGCAAGGGUGGUACCUUACCAGCCAGGUAGGUUAGAUGUAGGUGGUGCAUGUUAAUUUCCCUCUGAAGUUCCAAGCCCUGUUUCCUGUGUAAAGGUGGUAUGUCUGGUUCAGAGAUGUGUACUAGUGAGUGUUGUUUGUUAAGAUCCAGUAGGUCCACUUGGAUUCAGUACAGCCCUUCCUCCACUCCUACCAGACCCUCUCAUUUUCCUAGUUUUUAACCAGACUGCACUUUAUUAGGUUGAAUUUUUCCCCUAGCAUUUGUUAUUUCUGUUGUACAAAAAGAAAUUUUUUUGUAGUGUUAACACUGAGGAACCGCUUCAGUGCUUGGUUAGUUGUUACCAGUUUCUCUUUCAGACCUUUGGAGCUAUGAGUGCAGAGUUGAGUCUAGUGAAAUGCUGGUCUCAAACUCUGAGAAGCCCCUCAGUUUCUAUAGUUUAUAGCUUCAGUGAACUGGGGCCAUAACAGCAAAGUCUAUCAGCUCUGCCCCAUCCAGCUUGUGCUGAAGGCGAGUUUCUUGAGCCACUACUCAGUAUAGAGCACUGAGCUCCCUUUUUAGGAUUUAUCCUUUAAAAGCAAAUUUCUGGUCAGCUGUGCUUUUGCAACCUAAAAUAUUUAAACGGAGGUAAAGGUAGAUGGGAGAAAGGAAGGAUAAACUGGGCCAGGGUGAAAGAAAUCUAGCUCUGUAUAAUUUGUCUGGGACUUCAGGCCCUAUAUAACAUUAGUUUUACUGAAAUGGUGCCACUUUUGGUUGACACAUACUGCAAAAAGUUUAUGAACCAAGACUUUAAGGGGCAGUUAGUGUGUAGAGACAGUAAUCAGCAGGUCCUGGCUCACGUGCUAGAAGAAUCCCCAGGGAGGCUCUCAGAUCAGAGAGCGGUGCUCCCACGCCACGCACCCUGCUUACCAGCGUCUCUGCAUGGUCAGAUGAGCUUUGUUCUGCUCACGAGCUUUAACUAUAUAAUUAUCCAAGAUUCUAAAUCCUCAACUUGUUCUAGCUUGUGAUCCUUCAAAGUUGGGUCAGGCGUUAGUGCCAGGUACUAGAAAAUUUCAUUUCUCUAUUGCCACUGAUCAGAGAGACAGAUGUUAAAAACAGGAACAUAAGAAAGGAAAGCUUUCACCUGCAGCUUCCAGCAGGGGACAGUUGUCUUGCCAAAACUUUUUUCCCUGUCCUCUCCUGUUUCUCCCCACCCGAGUCCCUGCCCACUCCUUGCCCGUGUGACCAUUGUCUUCUCUGUAGAUGCUAAGGGUUCAAGCCCUUUUUCCCAGGGCACAUAACCAGCCAAUCAGAACACCACACCCAUUAGGGAAGGUAACCUGGCCAACAGUGUAUCCAUCGCGUGUCAGGUCUGUUGGAGGGAAGGGGCCAGGUCCUGCUGCCCUCCGGCCUGUCCCAGCUCCCAUAUCAGUUACUGUGUCCAUAGGAAUAAUAGGUAAGGGCUCCAUCUCUGUCAAGCCAUGUAACAAAGGACACUGGGAAAAUGUCUGGCAUCAGAGGGAGCGUGUGGAGAGCAACUUGGGAGGAACAAGUUUAUUUUGUAUUGAAUGAUUUUUAAUGAAUGCAAUAUUAAUCCUUGCAGAUGAGCAAUAAUCAUUAAAGUCCAUUAAAAUGAUAAGACUUUA